ACUUUUAGCGGCCCCGCCAAGCUCUAAUUCCAAAGUACAAACAGCCACGUACUCAGAAUAAGGUUUUACAAUACUAAAAAAGUUUAUCGAGAUAUUCACCUGCAAUUAGCAGAUACCUGGGUAAUUUUUUUUUUAAUAGUGUUAGCACAUUAAAAGAAGUGGAUGUUCAACAACCACCUACCCAGGUAAUUAUAAUGAAAUGCAAAUGACAAUACGAACCACAAAACUACCUAAGGUACACUACUAUCAAUCGUCUGGCGCAUAGGUUUAGAGCUUCGCAAUCUACACGUUCUAUACUAUCAUGUUACGCGUUUAAGAAUGGCAUCAAGAAACGCCAGAGAGAAGCGCUUCACAACAGCACCCUCUGAAGUAGAUAAUGAUAAUAACGCUAUAGACACCGGAACCGAAGCUAGUGCCACAGACGGUCGAAAGCGGAAGCGCAGGAGAAGAAAUGCCAACGUCUACGACGCGGUAGCAGGGCGAGUUACCACGACUCUUCCUCUAGGCGAUGGGACCGAGUCCGAGUCCGACGAGUUUGAUAUACCGUCUCACCACGCUCGGACGUCGCGAGACUACCGUCGGGAUCCCACGCUCGCGCCAGAAGAAGUCCUCUUUCGCCGCAUCCGCGCGCCCGUCCGCUUCGCCGAGAAGGACAUCUAUCACGCGCACGAGGCGUUGCGGGACGGCGGCAGAGGCAUACUGCCCGAUAGCGACAUGCUCAAGGCCAUACACAGCUACUCCAGCCACUUCUACGCGGCACUUGCUGCGACCAGAGAAGGAGGCGAAGCGGGAAACUCGAGCAUUGACGAACACAGUAUGGACGAGACUGCGCUCCUCGCUUUUGGCAUACUGCUCGAGGAGGCGAGCCGCAGCGCGCUCGGCAAGACGGGAGACUUGGUAUUUACCGAGGGUGUGACAGUACGGAAGAACGGAGAACUAGGGGUUGGCGGUAAUGCUGGUAAUGCUGCUGAUAAUAAUGAUCAUUAUUAUGAUACUGUGGAUUUUAAGGCGUCGGUAACGGGGCGAUGAUGUUGAAAGAUCGCGGAGUAGUAAUCUUAGUGGCGCAAUAUUAAAGCUGAAUCGAGGAAGUCCCUCUCAGCUGGAGCCCAGCUAUGUACGCAGGUACAAUACAAUACUCCUCCAAAAGGGUCAGGGCGAAAUAGGUAUCCAUUGGUACCUAGUUGGACCUGACCGACGGCAUGUUUCUCGGAGGCUUUGGGUUGCAGCGAUGCUUGACAGGGUUC